GGAAACACUUAAAGUCGUAACGUUAACAAUAAAAAUAUCAAAAUGAAUUAUUCGGAAUUAGAUUACUACGCAAUUUUAAAUAUUCCUCGCAGUGCUCCAAAAGAGGAAAUAGCUCUUGCUUAUCGCAAACUAGCAGUUAAGCUUUGCCCGAAUCGAGAUCCAAAAACUAAUACCGAAUUUGUACCUGAAGGUGCGGAUGUUGCCGAUAUGACACAUAUGAAGCCCUUACCAAAAAAUCGUCAAUGGGAAUAUAUAAACAUGGCAUAUGAUAUAUUAGGAAAUGAACUACAUCGCGCAAUCUAUGAUCGUUACGGUGAAACAGGCCUAUUACAAGGUGUACUUCUACCAAAUGGUUAUUUUCCACCAUACCAAUAUCAUGGUGAUCAUAUGAAGAUAUAUCAAUCUGUAUUUGGAAGUUAUUCACCUUAUGCGGGUAUUAUUGACGCUAUAACUAACCCACCGUCAUUGUAUACCUCAAAGGAAUAUGGUAUUGGAGUACGUACAAAAGAUCCUCCAGAGGAAAAAAUUAUUGAAUUAGAUCUGAAAGAAGUGCGUUUCGGCUGCGUUAAAUUAAUGACUGUUUAUAGGCAGGAAUUUAUAGACGAUGAACAAAUACUUACAGAAAAGAGAAAGAAAGUACUAACUCUGGAAAUACCACCAGGCGUUACUGCGGGCACGCGAUUUACAUUUAAAGAAGAAGGCGAUCGCUGUCACACUAAAAUUCCAGCAGAUAUAGUGUUCAUUAUUGCAGAUAAACCAAACGAAAGAUUUGUUCGUCACAACCAUACUGACCUAAUUUAUACCCAUGAUAUCGAUUUAUGUGAUGCGCUGGUUGGAGUUAAUUUCAACAUUAAAACUUUAGACAAUAGAAACUUAAAAAUUGCUAUAAAUGAUGUCAUUCACCCGUACUACAUUAAAAAAUACAUCGGAGAAGGUUUACCUAAAUGCCCUAAAAGUUACUUACAAAUGCCGAAAGUUGAAAAAACAAUACUUGGUGAUUUAUAUGUUAAAUUCAAUACGAUAUUUCCAACCUAUUUAAAUAACGAAAUGAAGAUAUACUGUAGGGAAUUUUUUGAACGGCUCGCCGAAUCUGAGGAACAGAGUCAAGGAGAUCAAGCUACUAACGCAAUAGACACGAUCCUUAAAAAACAAUAAGUAAAGAGCGGUUAUUGUAAUGUCAUAUAUACCAGAUCUCCAGAUAUUUUUCAAUUACUUAUAUUGCAAGUUUAACAUGUUAAAAACAUACAAAAUUUAAACAAAAUUUUUGUUAACA